AUGCGACGUUAUACAGGAAAAUUGCGCGUGCCAGGUUUUGAAACUAUUGGAUGUUACAACGACACCUCAAACCGAGCAAUUCAGCCAUUGGAAGGAAAGGAUUCUAUUUUGGAUGGAUUUUACAGCUCUCGAAAGAACCCUAUUGCAAAGUGCGCCGUGGCUGCAAUGAGAGCAGGUUACAGCAUGUUUGCAGUUCAGUAUGGUGGUUGGUGUGCAGCAAGUGCUACAGCAGCGAAGACGUUUGGCAAAUAUGGAACGUCUGCAGCUUGUGAGGGUGACGGUGAAGGCGGACUAUGGGCUAAUCAAGUUUAUGUGUUCAAAGGUAAGUCAGUGUUAGGAUACAAGUCCUGUGUCAUUUUGGAACGACACCAUUGUGUUUCCAAAAACAUUGAUAAUCUAAACUGUUUACAAAGCAUCUAUCAUUUCUGUAACAGGCUUACUGUGGCUAUAGAAUUUAGGUUUUCCUUCUUAUUAACUUUGGGCAGACGGGUCGACUAUAAAUAACUUUUAAUAAUGAUUUUUCUUUUUUUUUAAUCUUAAUGAUGUUUUUGCAGAACAUCAAUCCAAAAGAUGUCUUCAACAUUUCAAUCUGCCUUUUUGCAAACCACUGAAAAUAGGUAAAUUAAAGGUUUUCCCUUAGGACAGUUUUAACUUAAUUUCAGUGUAUGAAACUAUUGGAUGUUACAACGACACCUCAAACCGAACAAUUCAGCCAUUGGAAGGAAAGGAUCGUAUUUUGGAUGGAUCGGACUGGGGCUAUCGAAAGAACCCCAUUGCAAAGUGCGCCGUGGCUGCAAUGAGAGCAGGUUACAGCAUGUUUGCAGUUCAGUAUGGUGGUUGGUGUGCAGCAAGUGCUACAGCAGUGAAGACGUUUGACAAAUAUGGAACGUCUGCAGCUUGUAAGGGUGACGGUGAAGGAGGACUAUUUGCUAAUCAAGUUUAUGUGAUCAAAGGUAAGUCAGUGUUAGGAUACAAGUCCUGUGUCAUUUUGGAACGACACCAUUGUGUUUCCAAAAACAUUGAUAAUCUAAACUGUUUACAAAGCAUCUAUCAUUUCUGUAACAGGCUUACUGUGGCUAUAGAAUUUAGGUUUUCCUUCUUAUUAACUUUGGGCAGACGGGUCGACUAUAAAUAACUUUUAAUAAUGAUUUUUCUUUUUUUUUAAUCUUAAUGAUGUUUUUGCAGAACAUCAAUCCAAAAGAUGUCUUCAACAUUUCAAUCUGCCUUUUUGCAAACCACUGAAAAUAGGUAAAUUAAAGGUUUUCCCUUAGGACAGUUUUAACUUAAUUUCAGUGUAUGAAACUAUUGGAUGUUACAACGACACCUCAAACCGAACAAUUCAGCCAUUGGAAGGAAAGGAUCGUAUUUUGGAUGGAUCGGACUGGGGCUAUCGAAAGAACCCCAUUGCAAAGUGCGCCGUGGCUGCAAUGAGAGCAGGUUACAGCAUGUUUGCAGUUCAGUAUGGUGGUUGGUGUGCAGCAAGUGCUACAGCAGCGAAGACGUUUGACAAAUAUGGAACGUCUGCAGCUUGUGAGGGUGACGGUGAAGGCGGACCAUUGGCUAAUCAAGUUUAUGUGAUCAAAGGUAAGUCAGUGUUAGGAUACAAGUCCUGUGUCAUUUUGGAACGACACCAUUGUGUUUCCAAAAACAUUGAUAAUCUAAACUGUUUACAAAGCAUCUAUCAUUUCUGUAACAGGCUUACUGUGGCUAUAGAAUUUAGGUUUUCCUUCUUAUUAACUUUGGGCAGACGGGUCGACUAUAAAUAACUUUUAAUAAUGAUUUUUCUUUUUUUUUAAUUUUAAUGAUGUUUUUGCAGAACAUCAAUCCAAAAGAUGUCUUCAACAUUUCAGUCUGCCUUUUUGCAAACCACUGAAAAUAGGUAAAUUAAAGGUUUCCCCUUAGGACAGUUUUAACUUAAUUUCAGUGUAUGAAACUAUUGGAUGUUACAACGACACCUCAAACCGAGCAAUUCAGCCAUUGGAAGGAAAGGAUUCUAUUUUGGAUGGAUCGUACAGCUCUCGAAAGAACCCUAUUGCAAAGUGCGCCGUGGCUGCAAUGAGAGCAGGUUACAGCAUGUUUGCAGUUCAGGAUGGUGGCUGGUGUGCAGCAAGUGCUACAGCAGCGAAGACGUUUGACAAGUAUGGAAAGUCUGCAGCUUGUAAGGAUGACGGUGAAGGUGGACCAUGGGCUAAUCACGUUUACGUCAUCAAAGGUACUUGUAGAUAUUGUGAGUAA